CUGUCCCGCCUCAGACACCUUCAUCAGUAUUCGGCUGGAGAACACUCAUAUUCAAACCAAUUGAAUCUAUGAUGGCCUGCUGGCGGUCUCUAGUGCCGUUUUGGGGGGCGUUCGCGCUGCCCCUUCGAGUCCCCCGGGAGAGCAGGGGUAGGAUGCGGCAGAGGAACAGGAGUCAUCUUCCCUUUCCCUGUCCAUUGCCCCUCCUGCUCCCUCGCUCCCUUCCGGCAGCUGCCAGACUGGCUCGAGGGGGCCUGAGGCCCGAGCAGGGUGGAAGUCCUGCCGGCCCCGCCUCGGUGCCGCCGAUUUGCGGUCGCGGACAGGCGCGCUUGGCCGAGGAGGCCGCCAGCGCGAGAAUGAGCUUCUCGGCGGAGUCGCCGGAGGGCAGCAGCGGCGGCUGGCGCAGCGAAGGCCAGGGAGGCUGCGGAGGCUGCGGGCGCCGUGGCGGCCGUCGCGGCGGAGCCGCGAUGGCGCAGUGUCCGCAGCUUGCUGACCAGCAGGUUCCAGUAUUUGAUCCGUGGGCAGAUGCGGCGUCGGAGGGGCUCCGCCUUCGGAAGGCGGCCAGUGCCGAGGACGACGGCGAGCGGUCGAGGUGCAGACGUAGGGCCAAUGCCGGUUCUAAUCUGUCUGAAGCGGCCACCGAUGUCGGCGUCGACUGGGCAUGGGCAUCCUGGGUUGGGACGCGGCUCGAAACCUCGAAGGCCUCUGAUGUCGGCGUCGACUGGGCAUGGGCAUCCUGGGCUGGGACGCAGCUAGAAAUCGCGAAUGCCUCUGAUGUCGGCGCCGACCAUGCAUGGAAAUCUUGGGGGUGGACGUGGCAUGAUGCUAAGAACAACUGUGAUGCUGGCGUCGAUAGCGCAUGGAAGUCUUGGGGGCGGUCGCGACACGAUGCCAAGAAGGCUUCUGAUGUCGGCGUCAAUGGCGCGUGGAGAUCCUGGGUGGGGAGGCGGCACGGUACUGAGAGGGCAGGCGUGCCGGGGGCAGAGAAGCCAGCAGCAGAGGCGUUUCUGCGGCAGGCCCUUCGGGCUGCCGCCCCAGUGCCCGCCGCCCUGGCGACCGCCGAUGUGCUGGUCCCCUCAGAAGCAGGCUCGAGUGGUGGGGCGCUGGCCUUCGCCGACUCCCAAGGGAGUGCCUGCGAGGAGGCCUCGAGUCUGGCCAGAUCAGUGCGGAGCUGCCUCGGCUGCGACUGGAUAGACGACCGAGGGUAUACAUUCACAGUCCGCUUCGACUCCGAGCUGACGUGGACUGCCGUCCGCGACGACGGGCGCAGCUUUCUGAUGUGGCUCGAUCUCGAAGAAGAAGCGGUGCGGUUAGGUGGGUCCAACAUCCCGGGGGAGGCAGGGCCAGUUGAGCAGCAGUCGUACGAGCAGUACGAACGCAUGCGCAAGCGGGCAGCGGCCCUCCGGGUUGCCACGCGGGACAUCCACGACAAAGUCGAUUACAUACAUUGGUUGCGGCCUCGCACGGACGGCUACGGAAUGGUCUGGCGGCGGAAGCGGGCAGACUGUGAGGAGGAAGGGGAGAAUGAGGAGGAGGAGGAGGAGGCGUCUUGCCCGAACCCCGCAGCAGCACUGAAUGACCUGUCAGCAGCAUCACUGAAUGACUUGUCGCGCACUGUUUGUGUGCACGAAGGUCUCUUCGCGGCCGCGGCGAGGCUGCAAGCGGCCGAAAAUCUCCUUCGAGUUGGGGCCGCGGGCAGCGCUGUAGCUGGAGCAGAUAGCGCCGAAGCGGGCAGCGCCAAGGCACUGGAGGGCGGGAAGAAGGAGGAGGAGGAGGAGGAGGAGGGUGAGCUGGUCCGCACGCCCGGUGUGCCAGACCCUUCCAUCUCGGCCGCGGCGAUGCUGCAAGGGGCCGACAACCACUUUCGAGACUUGGCUGCGAGCAGCGCUGAAGCAGGCCCCGCUGGAGUGGCAAGCGCAAAGACCCAUGAAGAGGAGGAGGAGGAGGACAAGCUGCUUCGCACGCCUGGUUUUCCCAACCCUCAACUCUCGGCCGCGGGGAAGCUGCAAGGGUCCGACAACCCUUUUCGAGUCGUGGAUGCAGGCAGCGCUGUAGUUGAAGCAGCGUUCAGCGGAAAGGCGCAUGCGGAGCAGGAGAAGGAAGAGGAGGAUGACGAGCUGAUUCGCACGCCUGGUUUGCCAGACGCUCCCGUGUCAGGAGAGGCGAGGCUGCAAGCGGCCGACAACCCAGUUCGAGUCGUGGAUGCGGGCGGCGCAGAAGCGGGCAGCGCAGAAGCGGGCAGCGCAAAGGCCCAUGAGGAGGACGACGAACUGCCCUGCAUGCCUGGCUUGCCCGACCCUCUCUUCUCAGCCGCGGCGAGGCUGCAAGCGGCCGAAUCUGCUUCGCGCAUCGUGGACGUGCUCGAUCAGAUUUCCAAGCCCACGGCCUUCGGGACUUCUGGGCCCUGGUCCUUGCAAGCUCCAGUCCAGGCGCCGGGGAGAAAACCACUAAGCGGCACUGCGAGUUUGUUCCAGCCUUUGAUCACGCUGAAUGGGGAGGAGCAAGAGGAGGCCGCUGCGUUGAGACCGCAGCACAUCGGUACGGUCUCGGACGCCGCCCAGCCCGAGACUGCGAGUGGGGAUCCAGUCUACACGUUCAUCUUUACAGUUUGAUGUGGGUAAAGUUGUGCCUCUGGACAGAGACCUUGUAGAGCAGAGCCCAGCGAGCCUGGCUCAAACGGGUCGAAGGGUCGCGCGUGCGUCAUGCGCUCAAUCAGGCUCAUAUCGCUACCCCCAGCGGUUGCCGCACUAGGGUUUGCAGUUUCACCGGCGUUUCUUUCCCGCGGAUGCCCUAAGCGGCGAGCUACAGGCGACUAUAGGCGGGCCAGCUGCACGGAGAGGUGUGGGUAACAACGCCAGAACAUGAUGGCGGCGGGAGACGAGUCGGAGAGUGACGGGAGUUGCGGCUAUCCGCGCAUUCCACGCUACAGCGAUUCCUUUUCUCGGUUAGGUACGGUUGGCUCUUUCUUGAGUAUUGCGGAGCGUUUCCUGUGUCGGCGAAUCCUGGGUACGGUACAACGUUUGCCGCGCUCGAAGGUCUACCCUUUCAUUUGUUGUUGUUUGCGAAAGCGGUUAAGCCAAUGCACAUGUACAUAAUCGAAUUGUCUGCCCAGUUCGACUGUGCGGGAGCGCACAUGUUUCACGCCUUUUGCGAAUUCCAAGGAGAAAGGCAGUGGUGCUUCCUCAGCAAAUCUUCUAGCAAUUUUCCAUGUUCAUUGUAGACGCAGCCAGCAGCGCUCCAUGCUUUACAAGUUGAUCGUUAAUCAGUUCCCAUCGUCCAUCACUGUAUGUGUGUGUAUGUUCCCACCGACCGCGACCUAGACGCCUAUCGAUCGUCGCUUGCACGGCGACGGGACGAUGUGAGUAGCCCCCCCAGGUCGUUUUGGGAACACCCAUCGACCACUGUGAGUCUCUCCGGAGCACGACCGCAGAUGGUUAGUCGUGUUGCGACCUUUUCCUGUACCCACC